AGCUGGGAUGAUGGUCUAGCCAGGCAAGCAGGAGAAUACGCAGAGAGGUGUCGUUACCAGUAUCCAAACGUGGAGGAGUUUGAUGUGGGUUCAAACCUCUACUACCAGCUAGACUUUGUGCACGGCGAGAAACCAGUUCACCGUCUUGUGAGUACUGCCUUAAAAUCAUGGACCAGGUCGAAGGAUUACUUCGUCUAUGGUCCGCAUUGUGAAAGGGCGUGUCCAUUUGUUCAGAUGAUCUUCGCACAGACAGACAAGAUUGGCUGUGCUCUCAGUACGUGUAACGACUUGGACAACGGGGAGAAGAAGGAAGAAUUUGCCUCAAUAUUCAUCUGCUUCUAUUCGCCUAGACAAUCUUUACUGAAUGCCUUCCCCUACAAGAACGGUUACGUUUGUUCAGAAUGUCCAGAUGGAUCAAUAUGUCGAGAUGGACU